AUGGCCCCAGAGCAUCGCGCUCGGGUGGAGAAGUCCCUGAAACGGAAACUCGACGCCCGGUGUGCUCUAUUCAUUUUCUUAUACAUUAUGAACUAUCUCGACCGCAACAAUAUCGCUGCGGCUCGACUCAAGGGAUUACAGACAGACUUAGGGCUGGACUCAACGCAGUAUUCGACAUGCUUGUCGAUUUUGUAUGUUGGAUACAUUCUCAUGCAGGUGCCUUCCAACAUCUUGAUCAACAGAAUCUCGCGCCCGUCUCUCUACAUUGCCGGCUGUAUGCUGGUUUGGGGAGUAGUCUCAACGCUUUCCGGAAUCACGCACAACUUCACUGGAAUGGUUCUGACUCGAUUCUUCCUGGGUUUUAUUGAGGCCGCGUUCUUGCCCGGAGCGCUGAUGAUUCUUUCAAAAUGGUAUACAAGACGUGAGCUCACGACGAGAAAUGCCAUUUUGUUCUGUGGUAAUCUCAUCUCGAACGCGUUCUCGGCUCUUAUUGGUGCCGGCGUCUUGUCGAACAUGCAAGGUGUUCUCGGACAUGCUGCAUGGCGGUGGCUUUUUUGGAUUGAGGGAGCCAUAACCAUGGGUUUUGCCAUUUCAGCCGCAUUCAUCCUGCCAGAUCUUCCUCAUAACUCGCGCGGUUUCACUGCCGAGGAACUUGAGGUCGCUCAGCUACGCAUGCUUGAGGAUGUUGGUGAGGCGGACGAGGACUCAGCGGAGCAGGGUGUCUUCGCUGGUUUCAACAUGGCAAUCAAGGAUAUCAAGAUUUACGUCAUGAGCUUGACUUUCACGGCCUACGUCGUUGGUCUGUCCUUUAAUGCCUUCUUUCCCACGCUCACCGGUACACUCGGGUUUAGCUACGUUCCGACAUUGCUCAUGUCUGCUCCUCCGUGGGUGUUUUCCUGUAUCAUGUCGUUGAUCAACGCUUGGCACGCUGAUCAUACUGGAGAAAAGUUCUGGCAUAUAGUUGGCCCCAUCUGCGUUGGGUUGGUGGGUUUCGUUAUCAGCAUGUCGACCCUCAAUAUCGCGGCUCGAUACGUUGCCUUAUUCCUGCAAGCCAGUUCUUACGCCGGAUUCAUCGUCUUUUACUCUUGGAUUUCUUCCACGUUUCCUCGUCCACCAGCCAAGCGAGCUGUCGCGAUCGCAUUUAUCAAUGCUUUCUCCCAGCUUGGAAACGUGGCUGGAUCAUACGUCUGGAAUCUCAGUGAGAAUGGUUACAGAAAGUCAUACGGCAUUGUGCUUUCCAUGUUUGGCGUGACCAUUGCUGGUUGUUUCAUCAUUAAGUUGAUGCUAGUCAGACUCAACAAGCAGCUGGAGCAAGGCGAGCGCGCCUGGGAAACCCAGCCAGAUGUAGCUGCACAUACAGCCGACAUGGAACACAUGGAUAGUGCAGAUGAGGCAUUGAGAAUGUCCAAAGGUUUCAGAUACUUGGUGUAA